AUGGCCAAGUCGUUGAGAUCAAAGUCUAAAUUGCAAGCAAAGUCAGUGAAAAGAAAGGGUGAAUUUGCUAAAUAUGCCGACGAAAGAAGUAAAAGAAUAGCGGAAAGAUUGGCUAAAGAAACAGCUAAACAAGAAGCUGAAAAGACAAAGGGUAAGCAAGAUAAUGGCCAAGAAUCGAUGGACGUGGAUAAGGGAGGCGAAGACGGUGAGGAAGGAAAGAGCCAGAAGGUAAGCACUUCCGGAUGGAGGGACUCUAAUUCUCAGAGGUAUAAACAAAGACAACUCAAGAAUAAAUCCAAAAAGAAGACAUUGAAGUUUUAA